AUGGUCAACUUUGCAGACUCAGAUUGCCUUGGUGAAGUUGCUCUUAGUAACUUAAAAUUGUACAAAUACUCUGCGAUUGAUAAGUCACCAAUUUCCAACUAUGUACUUAAACCAUAUUGGAAUUGGGCUGUGGAGCUUUUUCCCUUAUGGAUGGCACCAAAUUUGAUUACAUUAUGUGGUUUGGGUUUCGUUAUAUUAAACGUUAUAGGUGUAAUAAUUUGGAUUCCAGAUCUCGUAGGUCCUGGUCCACGUUGGCUAUAUUGGAGUUUUCCGAUCGGUUUAUGGCUUUAUUCAACAUUUGAUAAUGUUGACGGUAAACAAGCUCGAAGGACAGGAACUUCGUCUCCUCUUGGAGAACUUUUUGACCAUGGUUGCGAUGCUUUGAAUUGUUCUUUUGGUGCAAUAGUAUUCUCGGCUGCAGUGGGGAUGGGUCACUCUUACUGGUCCGCAACUUUUUUCCUUCUUUUAGUCAUUCCCUUUUUUUUCUCUACAUGGGAAGAAUAUCAUACUGGGGUUUUAUACUUGGGAUAUUUUAAUGGUCCUACUGAAGGACUUAUAAUUGCCUGCGCUUUACAACUUGUUUCGGCCAUAACAGGACCAGAAUGGUGGACGCAAGAUGUGCAUGAUAUAUUUGGAGAUUCGGUGCCAAAACUCAUUCCAAAGGGAUGGACUUCUGUAGAUAUAUUAUUAUUGAUUAUGACCUUCGUUAUCUGCACUUUACAUAUUCCUGAAUGGUAA